AUGCUAAUAUACAACACAAUUUGCAAGGCCAAUAAAAAUAGUGAUAGGAACAUUGCUGAAAUAAUUAUUGCUGGUUUUACCGGCCAAUUGAAAGGAUGGUGGGAUAAUUAUUUGACCCAGGAACAACGCGGUAGAAUUCUAACUGCUAUUGAGCAGGAACAUGGAGAACAUGGAACUGUUUCUAUACAGAAUGUUGUAUAUUCAUUAGUUAUUAAUAUCAUAGAACAUUUCUCGGGUAGAUGGUCUAAUAAUAGUGAAAAUAUUAGGAUUAGGACCAUGCUUCAGAACUUGAGAUGUAAAACCCUUACCUCAUUUAGGUGGUAUAAGGAUGUAUUCCUUAGUAGCGUCAUGGAAUUGCCUGAGUGUGAUAACACCCAUUGGAAGUCCAAGUUUAUAGAUGGACUACCUAGCCUCUUUGCAGAAAGAGUUACGAAAGCUCUUAGAAAAGGAGAAACUAGCAUCAAUUAUGAUGAAUAUACCUAUGGCAAGUUAAUAGGUACUUGUGUCCAAGAAGGUUUAUCCUUAUAUAAUGAUAUUAAAUUAAAUCAGCAGAUUAAGAGACAUCAUCUAAAUGAAAGACAAAAAUUAGGGGAAUUUUGUGGACAAUUUGGUAUGGAUAUUUCACAAACUAAAGCGCCUCAUAGGAAUAGAAAGAAGAAUAAAGAUUUCCAAGCUUGGAAAGAAAAACGCUUGGAAAGGAGAGCAAGAAGGAAAAGGGAAUUCCGGAAAAAGAAGGAUUUUAUUAAAUCCAAAAUCCUAAAGCUUGCUAUAAAUGUGGUCGCGUAG